AUGUCAGCGCUGAAUCGUCACACGACUACCGAACACAACCUUUCAUACUGCGAUUUGUGUCUACGGAAUGCUAGGCUUUUACCAUCUGAAUUUAUCCCAAUGGAACCCCAAGCACUUGCGGCUCACAGGAAAUGGGACAAAGAAAGGAAACGUGGGCACCCGAAGUGUGAAUUUUGUGAUAACACCUUCUACGAGUUCGAAGAUCUUGUAAAACAUAUUCGUGAGGCUCACUUUUUAUGUGACUUUUGUCAUGCAAAUGGCGCAUUUGAAGUUUUUCGGCGUCAACACGAGUUACUACAGCACUAUAAGGACGCACAUUUCGUCUGCUCUGAAUGUGAUGCAAAAGGCCGAAUCGUUUGCUACGCUACUUUUGAUCAACUUGGUCUCCAUCGGCUGCACGAACAUCCUCAAGAAACAGCCAAUGACCCACGUCGAUGGGAUCCUGUUCAGAUUCGAUAUCCUACCCAAGGCUUAUAUGGCCAACACGGACGAGUGGAUAUGCGAGCUUCAGGACAACGCCCCCAUCAUGGUCCUCCAGAGCCCGAGGCUGACUCUGGCGCAUCUCCAGAAAGGCCGGCUCCACCGGAGGCGUGGACUGGUGCUGACUUCCCCUCCCUGGACAGACCUAACAUUCCACCCAGUGCGAGACAGGAGCCGCCGCCCGGCGCGGUGCCGGCUACCACUGCGCAACAAACGUCCUCGUCGGGACAUUCAAGGUCACUCGCCUCUAUAGUAGGCAGGGGGCGAGUAAAUAUGAUGUCCGCUGAAGACUUCCCCAGCCUCCCCUCGGCACCCGGUGUAUCAACUUUAAUCCGCCUGACCUGCGAUACUUUGCCCGUCAAACACGAUAGUGACCAGCAUUAUGUUGAGAAUAGUGGUAUCCUGCACCGUGUUUUAUCCCUCCUCGUCGGUAUCGACGGUUGA